AGAUUUGGGUGGUCUGAUAGUCGUGGUAGGUGUUCCCUGGAUGUCGGAGACGACGAAUUGGCUGAUCUUUGGCAGCGAUUGGCGGUUGGAGGAGGUGUUCUGUUUGAAGGUCUGCUAGGAGAAGUCAGAUGCAGCGGACAAGGUGUGUGUGGUGAAAUUGAGGCCGAUUUGGGUGUCGAAGAUGAUCCCUCCUUUGGUUAUGGGAGAUGGGAUGAUGCAAUGAGGGGCAUUCCUUUCGAUUUAUCUCCUCGCCUCCCUUCCUCUCCUCUCCGCCACCGUCAACGAAUUGUAGAAGAAGAAAAACAAGGAAAAGCUUCCUUCAGCGGCGGUAAUUCCGAGUCCAAUCGAAGACGACUCACUCCAUGGCCCCUCUCCUGUGGAUGGGAAAGAUCUGGAGGCGAAUCACUCCUUGCCGCCUCUCCUGUAGGGAUGGAGAAGAAGCCGGCCAAACUCGAAGAAGAAGUCGUCGCUUCUGUCACCGCCCGCCAUGUCCCUGCCCCGCCGGGAAGAAGCCUGGGUCUUCGCUGGGAUUGGAAUUUGAGAGAAAAUCUCAGGGAUUGCGAGAAGGAAGAGGAAAAAAGCCCAGGUCUUCGCUGGGAUAGGGUCGCCGUUGGGAUUCGCAAAAAGGAAGAGGAAGAAAGAACAUUGGUUCCAAAUCCUCGAUCCUCAUCUGUUCAAAAAUUUCGCGCGAAAACAUGGAUCCCGAAGAAAACCAACCAACCUGCAAAUGUUCUUCGCGUAGGGCAGCGAGGAAGCUCCGCGAAUCCAUCUGCGAUGCUCAGUUCCCUUGUCAGCAAGAGAGCCAAGCUUCACGAGGAGCUACGCAGCAUCGAAAGACAGCUUUAUGACAUGGAGACCAGCUACUUACAGGAUCCGAGCCAGUGUGGCAAUGUAUUGAAAGGUUUCGAGGGAUUCCUAUCUUCAUCUAAGAACACUGCACUCUUGAAGCGGUCUAAGAAGUUUCAGCCUGAAGAUCGACUAUUCUCAUUAUCCUCAGUUACCUCACCUGCAGCUGAGGAGCAAGCGGUUGGACGAGAUGAUGGCAAAUCAGACUUUGGACCUGGUCGGUCUAGGGGUGGAGGCAUAUAUGCAAAUGGGCAAGGAAAACCAAAGAGGGGAAGAGGCACACCAAGAGAUGCCAAGAGAAUCAGAGCUGCAGCGGACCCUGACUUUGACUAUGAUGAUGAUCCUGAUUUGAUGUAAAGAAAUCAGCUUUUGUCAUCUGCACCAGCAAAAGCAUGAACUCCGUCUUUGCAAGACCGUGAAAGAGGAGCCCUUAGGAGUGUUCCCUGACGCAGAAGCAAAAGAACAUCUUUCGUUCUUCCCUACUGUUUGCUGCAGGGUUGCGACCUACACCAGCUCAGGCAACUGCCGUGAGUUGGAUAUUAAAGGAUGGGAUGCAGCAUGUAGGAAAGCUGAUAUGUAGCAAUUUGGGUGCUAGAAUGGACUCUGAGCCAAAACGUUGGAGAAUACUGGCGGAUCUGCUAUAUGAUUUGGGCAGCGGAUUGGAAGUUCUUUCUCCGUUGUGCCCCAGUCUCUUUCUUGAGGUCGCUGGUCUUGGCAAUUUUGCUAAGGGAAUGGCGGUAGUUGCAGCAAGGGCAACAAGAUUACCAAUAUAUUCAUCAUUUGCUAAAGAAGGCAAUCUGAGUGACCUAUUUGCUAAGGGAGAGGCCAUCUCAACACUUUUCAAUGUUUUGGGAUUGGGAGUAGGGAUCCAAUUAGCAUCUACAGUUUGUUCCACAAUGCAGGGGAAGUUGGUGGUUGGUCCCCUUCUGUCUGUCGUUCAUGUAUAUAGCGUAGUUGAAGAAAUGAAGGCUGCCCCAGUAAAUACGUUGAAUCCUCAGAGGACUGCACUGGUUGUGGCUAAAUUUAUCAAGGAAGGGAAAGUAUCGAGCCCUGCUGAUAUAAGAUACCAUGAAGACCUUAUGUUCCCUGGGAGACUCAUAAAAGAUGCGGGAAGUGUAAAAGUGGGACAGGCUCUGCACAGAGUUAUCAAGCCUUCUAAGCUUAGUGAGUACAAAGAGAUGUUCCCGAGUGAGAAAUUUGUGAUCUGCCGGGGAAAUAACUGCACCAACAUGGUACUGGAGCACGAUGCAACAGGAGAAGAUGCACUGAGGGGUUGGAUGGUUGCUGCAUAUGCUGCUGCUGCUGCUCCCAGCUUGGAGAGCUCACCUGAUGGAUUCAGUUCGUCUGCAUUGCUAGAUGCCUACGAGAAGGUGGAUAGUGUAUUCGAGAAGUUCGUGUCUGAAUUGCAGGCGAAAGGCUGGCAUACUGAUCGUUUUCUGGACGGCACUGGAACCCGUUUUGCCCUUUAGAAGGUUCUUUCCCGCUAGUCUCUCAGUAGUCAGUAGCAGCGCUGCGCACCCCUCCAUUAUGGAGAAGGAAAAACUGGAAAGAUUAUUUUCUUAAUCUGAUUACUAGAGCAUAGGUUUGACUUGUGGUCAUUAAAUUGUAAGUUGUGAGUGAGUGGGAUUACAAUUUCAAUCUAAUUUGUUUGAAUUUAUCUGCAUUGACUCUUCGUCCAUUCCGUAUGAGUUGCUCCAUGGGUACUGUCACACCCAAAGUGCAAAUACCAGCGGCGCUCAAUCUUCAGGCAUCUUGAAGAUGGUAGAUACUAGCCAUAAGAUUAGAUUAAUCUCAGCCAUCUAUUUUGGAGGUGAG